UGGCGGUAUGCGCAUUAAAUUAGUGAGAAGAGACACGUCACAUCCGGUUUCUGGUUUUUGUCAAAAGUCGUUGGCAAAUAUGGCAGCGUUUUCUGAAAUGGGCGUUAUGCCUGAGAUCGCCCAAGCAGUCGAGGAGAUGGACUGGCUCCUCCCCACAGACAUCCAGGCAGAGUCCAUUCCGUUGAUCCUGGGGGGAGGAGAUGUCCUCAUGGCGGCAGAGACUGGGAGCGGUAAGACCGGGGCCUUCAGUAUCCCUGUGAUCCAGAUAGUGUAUGAGACUCUGAAGGACCAGCAGGAGGGGAAGAAGGGGAGAACUGCUGUGAAGACUGGUGGAGCAGUGUUCAACAAAUGGCAGAUGAACCCGUAUGACAGAAGCACAGCGUUCGCCAUUGGACCAGACGGACUGUGUUGUCAAAGCAGGGAGUUUAAAGAAUGGCAUGGCUGUCGCUCUACCAAAGCCAUCACCAAGGGGAAGUACUACUAUGAGGUAUCAUGUCAUGACCAGGGCCUGUGUAGGAUCGGCUGGUCUACCAGCCAGGCAGCUUUGGACUUAGGUACCGAUAAGUACGGCUUUGGCUUCGGAGGAACGGGGAAGAAAUCUCACAACAAACAGUUUGACAGUUAUGGAGAGGAGUUCACCAUGCAUGACACCAUGGGAUGUUAUCUGGAUCUAGACAACGGACUCCUCUCCUUCUCCAAAAACGGUACUGACCUGGGCUUGGCGUUUGAGAUCCCAGCUCUUCUGAAGAACCAGCCCUUCUUUGCUUCCUGUGUUCUCAAGAAUGCAGAGCUGAAGUUUAACUUUGGGGGGGAGGAGUUUAAGAAUCCUCCCAAGACGGGCUUCGUAGCGGUGGACCAAGCUUCUGAGGGACAUGUGGUCAAAUCCAGCCAGACAGGCAGUGUUAAGGUGUCGGAGGUGAAGGCUGCUUCCUGUGGUCCCAAAGCUCUGAUCGUUGAGCCUUCUAAAGAGCUUGCUGAACAGACCCUCAACAACGUCAACCAGUGUAAGAGAUAUGUGGACAAUCCCAAGCUCAGAGAUCUUCUGAUCAUCGGAGGCGUUCCUGCUAGAGACCAGCUGGCUGUACUGGAACAAGGGGUAGGUGGACAUCUGGUUGGAACACCAGGUCGUCUCGAUGACCUCAUCUCUACGGGGAAACUCACCUUGUCUCAAGUCCGCUUCCUGGUCCUAGAUGAGUGUGAUGGUCUCCUUACUGCUGGCUACACAGACUUUAUCAUGAGAAUCUACAACCAGAUUCCUCAAGUCACCCCGGACGGCAAGAGACUUCAGGUCAUCGUCUGCUCAGCGACGCUCCACUCCUUCGACGUAAAGAAGCUGUCGGAGAGGAUCAUGCACUUCCCCACCUGGGUGGACCUGAAGGGAGAGGAUUCUGUCCCUGAGACCGUACAUCACGUGGUCGUACCUGUUAACCCUAAACACGACCGCAGCUGGGAACGCCUCGACCGCAAGAACCACAUUCUGACUGAUGAGGUCCAUGCUAAAGACAACACCAGACCAGGAGCCAACAGCUCAGAGAUGUGGUCUGAGGCCAUCAAGAUCUUGAAGGGGGAGUACACCAUCCGAGCCAUCAGUGAACACAACAUGGACCAGGCCAUCAUCUUCUGUCGGACCAAGAUCGACUGUGACAACAUGGAGCAGUACUUCAUAGUACAGGGAGGAGGUCCAGAUAAAAAAGGCCACCAGCUUUCCUGUGUCUGUCUCCAUGGUGACCGGAAGCCCAACGAACGCAAGACCAAUCUGGACCGCUUCAAGAAACAGGAAGUGAAGUUCUUGAUCUGUACAGACGUGGCGGCCAGGGGCAUCGACAUCCACGGAGUCCCCUACGUGAUCAACGUGACUCUGCCAGACGAGAAGCAAAACUACGUUCAUCGUAUCGGCAGAGUGGGGAGAGCAGAGAGGAUGGGGUUGGCCAUCUCUCUCGUUGCCAUGGAGAAGGAGAAGGUGUGGUAUCAUACGUGUGCUAACCGGGGCAGAGGGUGUCACAACACCAGGCUGAAGGAGGAGGGAGGAUGUACCAUCUGGUACAAUGAGAAGGAGCUCCUGUCUGAUGUAGAGGAACAUUUAAAGUGUACCAUCACCCAGUGUGAACCGGACAUCAAGGUUCCUGUGGACGACUUUGACGGCAAGGUGACCUACGGCAAGCGUAGAGCAACAGCAGGUGGUAACUUUAGUGGUCAUGUGGCUGCGUUGGCUCCUACAGUUCAGGAGCUGGCCAAUCUGGAGAGAGAAGCUCAGACCUCCUUCCUACAUCUGGGGUACCUGCCCAACCAGCUGUUCAAAGCCUUCUGAAAACACACUUCAACCAACUUAACGUCCUGCUUCCUGUCUACACACACACAGAGACACACACACACACAGCCUUUAUAUACACACCUGCCGGUCUAGAUACGCAGUUACACCUGGGCUGAGAUCAACCAACUUAACGUCCUGCUUCCUGUCUACACACACACAGAGACACACACACACACACACACACACACACACACACACACACACACACACACACACACACACACACACACACACACACACACACACACACACACACACACACACACACAC